CGAAAAAGAUCAAUUAACGCCAAUACAAUGAAAGGUGUUGUAGUCUUCUUAGCCCUCGCGGCUUUGGGGAGCGCUAAGCCUCGUCUUUUCGAGACGUUCCAAGACCACUUUAAACAGUUUGUGGACAUAAGCAAUGCCUUGGAGGGUGCCCAUUGGAGACGGCAACAGGGCCAGGGAUACACUCCUAACCCAGAGUACAUCGAAAUGUUGAACAAGUUGGGUCAGCUAGACUUGGAACAGAUGUUCGAUGAUUUAAAAAAGGAGCCCGAAGUUCAAGACAUUAUUGAAUAUUUAGACACCCUCACGAUCGACGCUGACUACUACGUCGAAAAUUUACAAUGGAUUAUCCAAAAGUUGUACGUCAACGACACAAACGGUAUCCCUGGUGUAGAAUUCCACCACAGAACUCGUCGUCACCCCAUGACAGGCACCACAAUGACAACAGCCCUUGCGGAUACCGUGAGCAUGCUUCCUAUUAGACAACUCCGUGCUACUUUCAACGAAAAAAUGGCCAAGAAUGCCUUAUUCAGAAAUGCCAUCGAAGGGCUCAAAAGCGAGCGUUUUUUGACACUCUACAAGGCUCUCUGGAAGAACGAAGCAUUCCUUAAAGUUAGCAAUAUUUUGGCUGAUUGUGAUUUUGACCUGAAAUAUGUAUUUGAAGAGUUGGCUGUUUCUCUACUUGGUCAAAACCACCCUAUCCAGGUGACAUUCCAAAUUCAAUUUGACGAAUUCCUAGACAUCAUUGUUAAUAUGGAAUCACCACACUGGCUGCGUCAACUUGGCGGUUACAAAUCGUUCCCCGAGUUCAUGAAAAGCUUAGACGCCUUGUCAAAGACAAAGCUAAUUGACCACUACCCACGGAUGAACUCGGCUAGUCCUGCUUUCAAAAAGGUGGAUGCUUUCUUGAAAAGACACGGCAUCUUUGUUGCAUACUGGAUUGAUCGUUUUGACUUCCUCACUGAAUACUUCCAAAAGAACGACCAAGCUAUUGGCUGUAAUGAGAUUGUACCAACCGAAGAAUCCCACAGAUCUCGCCGUCACCCAAUGACAGGACGAACCAUGCACACAUUUUUGGCUGACACCGUCAGUCUUCUACCAAUCAGACAGCUUCAGUCUCUCUUUAACGAAAAAAUGGAAACUAACGCAAUAUUCAAAAAAGCCAUUGAAGGUGUGAGAAAUGAUGAAUUUAAAGAACUCUACAAUGCUCUAUGGACUGACGACGCGUGGUUAGACCUCGUAGAUGAACUGAAGACUAAAUAUGACCUUGAUCUGAAAUACGCUGUCGAAACCCUUGCCCCUGCUCUGUAUGGACAAAACGUACCACUCUACAUAUCAUUCCAAACUCAAUUUGACGAAUUUGUUGAAAUUAUCCUUGCUAAAGCAGGAGACAGUAUCAAAAGCUUAAUUAAGGCCUACAAACAGAACGAUGCCUUCAGAGCUACCUUGGACACCCUUGACAACACAGUUUUCAUCCAGCUUUACCAAGACUUGCGCAAGCUUAACGUUUUCCAAACGCUUGAUGCGUACUGGAAGAAACACGACGUCUAUGUACCCUACUACAUUGACAGAUUCGAAUAUUUGACAUAUCGUUUAAACACAAACGUGAGCGAAGUAGGAGAACUUGAAAUUAAGCAGUCUGCCGGUCAAGAUAUCACACCCAGUGGUACCACCAUGGCCGACUUCUUUGCUGACGUUGUCAAAAUUCUACCAAAAACGGAAUUGGCAGCUUUAUACGAAAAGAAAAUGUCAGACAACACUGUAUUCUCGACCGCUGUCAAUUCGUUGAAAAGCGAAGAAGGAAAGAAACUGUACAACGACCUUUGGGAGAACAGAACUUUCCAGGCUGUUGCAAACGCAUACGCCAACAACGACUUUAACUUUAGAUACAUUUUCGAAACCUUCGUGCCUGCCCUUUACGGACAGUAAUCAGUUAGUGUAUACUAAUAUUGUAUUAUUGUAAUAAAUAAAAAUUUUGAAAACA